CUAUUUUGUGGGAUUACAAUCAAAUAUAUAUACAGUAUAUACAGUACACACAUAUAAUAUACAAUAUAUUGUAUACAGUAUUUACAUACAUAUGUAUACAAUUUCGGUGUAAUUACUAAAAUUGUAAAAAAGUGGUCAAAAGUUGAUAUAAAUAAAAAUUAGUGUCCACCGAGUGCUAGUCCCAAACGCCAACACGACGGCGCUAUACCACCCGACAGCGGCGGCCGCCCAAAUGGCGGGCCUCGACCGCGAUUACCCCUCACCUUAUGCACCGUUCAGUCUAAUGACCCCAACGGCAACCCAUCAUCAGAUGGAACACGAUCUCAAAGCAUCGGCAUUUGGUCACCACCACCACCAUCAUCACCAUCACAAUCCAUCGCACACACCCUUAUCGGUGAUGACACCGCCAACACCAACAUCGACGCCGACAUCCCAAUCACACCAUCACAACAAUAACUCCAACUCAGGAAACAGUAAUCACAGCAACUCUGGACCGCAAAACACACACAACUCUGCCAACAAUGCAUUGUCUAAGAAGGAGAUCGAUCGCGUCAAGAGACCAAUGAAUGCUUUCAUGGUUUGGUCCAGAGGUCAGAGGCGUAAAAUGGCACAAGAAAACCCAAAGAUGCAUAACUCAGAAAUUAGUAAACGAUUGGGCGCUGAAUGGAAACUAUUAUCCGAAGUAGAGAAGAGACCUUUCAUUGAUGAGGCAAAGAGGCUGAGGGCUGUCCAUAUGAAAGAACAUCCCGACUAUAAAUACCGACCGCGAAGGAAGACUAAAACUCUUAUGAAAAAAGAGAAAUAUCCGUUGGCGGGAAGCUUAGGUGGUUUAGGUGGUCCCGACCCGUCACGAUCAUCUGCGGCCGCAGCUGCAGCUGCUGCCGUACAACAGGUCAGCAGAGAUAUGUAUCAAAUGAAUGGUUAUAUGCCUAAUGGCUAUCCAAGUAUGGCUAUGCACGAGGCCUAUCAACAGCACGCAGCCGCCAGUUAUGGUACGGCCGCCAGUAUGGCUGCAAAUACCGGUCUCUACGGCCGGUACGACAUGUCUCAGAUUCACACCCCAAUGACUACCGGUUCUAUGGCUAUGCCAUAUAUGAAUGGUUCGUCUAAUUAUUCAAUGCCCGUAUCGUCCGCCUACUCAACAAUGGGUUCAUCGGCCAGUCCUAUGUCAGCCACGGGUUCAUCUAUAAAGUCGGAAUCUUCCGGUCAUAGUGGGAGUUCUCCGAAUGCAAUGGCGGCCGCUGUGGCCGCAGCUGCUCGACGAGGCCCAUGUAAUACUGACCUAAGAGACAUGAUUAGCAUGUAUUUACCGCCGGGUGAUAGCGACCAAAAUCGACUUCAAAUGCAGAGCCACUACGGGUCUUCAAGUGAGCCGCCGAUGCCGUUAUCACAUAUGUAG